AUGUUUUUCAGUUCGCGCGAACGUCGUCGCCGUUCUCGUUCUAGGUCUUACGAUCGCUUUAGACGACGAAGAAGUAGAACACCAAGGCGCAGCAGAACUCCUAGAAGAAGUCGAACUCCAAGACGCAGCCGAUCAAGAUCUCCAUGGGGAGUGAGGCGGCGUUCUCCCAUUCCUGCCCGUCGUCUACCAGGACCUGAGCGCCGCGAUGUACUUUCACAACUUAGCAUGCCCUUCGAACCGCGACGCUCGCCGCCACGAGACGCGCAGAUGGACUUGACAACCGAGGAGAGAGACGAACGUACAAUCUUCAUUCUUCAGCUUGCUCGUCAAACACGUCCUAGGGAUUUGGAGGAAUUUUUCUCAAGCGUUGGGCACGUCAGAGAUGUUAGGAUUAUCACUGAUACAAAAACUAGACGUUCAAAAGGCAUUGCAUAUGUAGAGUUUUGGGAGCGUGAGGCUGUUCCAUUGGCUAUGGGUUUGAAUAAUCAAAAACUCAAUGGCGCUCCACUGAUAAUCCAAAUGUCUUUGGCCGAGAGAAAUAGGGUGGCAACUAAUGUUACUGCAACUACUAUAGGACUUGGUCUUGGGUUAUCUACUGGUCCUAUAAAAAUUCGAGUUGGCAAUUUGCAUCCAAAUAUAACAGAUGAAAUGCUUGGCGCCAUUUUUGAGCCAUUUGGAAGGUUUCGUCAUGGCGAAGAAGGAAAAAGAGCUAUGGAACAAUUAAACGGAUUCGAACUUGCUGGCCGAAGUAUUCGUGUCUCAACAGUUGAAGAGAAUGAGCCAUCAACUACAAUUAUUAAACAAGAAGAACAACCAACAGUUUCAAUCAAACAAGAAAAUGUACAAAUUGAUGAAACAAAUUCAACAUCUCGAUUACAAUUAAUUGCGAAUUUAGCAAAAGGACGUUCGGAUGUUGAAGUUCCCAAAGUUACACAAGAGGCAAUUGCUGCACAACAGGCACAUAAACAAAAUGCUGAUAAUAUUCCUUCUUUUGCCACUCAAUGUUUUAUGCUCUCAAAUAUGUUUGAUUUAGCUAAAGAAACUGAACCAGGAUGGGAUUUGGAUAUUCGUGAUGACGUUGUUGAAGAAUGUAGAAAUCAUGGAGGCUGUGUUCAUGUAUAUGUUGAUAAAGCUUCACAACAAGGAAAUGUUUAUGUAAAAUGCCCAACUGUAGCUAUUGCACACAAGUCUGUGGUUGCACUGCACGGUCGUUGGUUCGCAGGUAAAGUGAUUACUGCAAAUUAUGUCCCUGUAACCUCCUACCACGAACUUUUUCCUGAUGCGAGAACAUCGAGCGCUAUUUUACAACCAAGGCCCUCUUAA